CCACACUCUUUCCCCCUUGCCCUUUUCUAUCCGAUCCUGGAAACUACUUGGCAGUAUUUAAAGACUCCUGGGUACUGGCCUGGACUCUUCAAAAAGAUACAGGAAGCAAGAACAUACAAACCACGUUAUUUUGGCAGUGUUUCAAGCCAGCAGAAAACUCCAAGGAUGCCAAACUGGGGAGGUGGAGCCAAAUGCGGUGCCUGUGACAAGACCGUCUAUCAUGCUGAGGAAAUCCAAUGCAAUGGCAGGAGUUUCCAUAAGACAUGUUUCCAUUGCAUGGCUUGCAGAAAAGCUCUGGAUAGCACAACAGUAGCAGCCCAUGAAUCGGAAAUCUACUGCAAAACCUGUUACGGGAGAAAAUAUGGUCCCAAAGGGAUUGGUUAUGGACAAGGCGCCGGCUGCCUCAGCACAGACACCGGAGAGCAUCUCGGGCUGGACUUACACCAUUCACCAAAGCCAGCUCGUCCUUCCACACCUACCAACCCUUCAAAGUUUGCCAAAAAGUUUGGUGAUGUAGAUAAAUGUCCUCGUUGUGGGAAAUCAGUAUAUGCUGCAGAGAAGAUAAUGGGAGGAGGAAAGCCUUGGCACAAGACAUGCUUCCGAUGCGCUAUUUGUGGAAAAAGUCUAGAAUCAACAAAUGUUACAGACAAAGAAGGAGAGAUUUACUGUAAAGUUUGCUAUGCAAAGAAUUUUGGUCCUAAAGGAAUUGGAUUUGGUGGCCUCACUCAAGUUGAGAAGCUGGAGUAAGAUAUUUCCCACUUAGACCUAUCUAAAUAGUAACACAUGGCUAACAAUGAGAUAUUUUGUUUUCAUCUCACUAAGCUGAUAAGCUACUUUCUUACACAAAUAUUGUACUAUAUUUUGGUUCAAGAGAGCAUAUUUUGACAGGCAGUAUAACAAAACAUUUCUAAACAACAAAAAACAACUUUAUAUCCAAAGAGCUGAACAGUUCACAAAUAAUGUCAGAAUUGUUAUCUGGUUUAGAGAAUAGAAGCUCUGGUUACUAUAUCACAAAGAAUUGCAUUUAUAAUACAUAGCAGGAAGAAUGCUAUUUUUACACAAAUGUUAACAAACCAUAACUUGAUUCCUAUUUUGUAGUCUGUACAACUCCAACAAAAUGGCAUUUUGAAGGUAUGUUGCUGAUAUGUCAUGCAAAUAAAGAUAUUUGACCAUAA